CCACCGCUGCUGCCGACGCCAGAGGGGCAGUCAGCGAUGGGCAAAGCGAAGAAGAAGAAGGCCAAGACGCACAGGGUGUCCCCAUACGGCGAAGCUGGAGAGAUGAGAGACGAGGACGACGAUAUAGUGGUGCGCCUGGACAGGCACUGUCAUUCGCACAACACGCCAGCUCUUCCCCCCUGUGUCUGGAUGGAUGGAUGAAUGCAGAUGUGUGGUGGCGACACACCCGACGCCACAAACAUACGCGGCAAGAAAGAGGCAAGCAGCAGGAAAACCGACAACAGCGUCGCCACCAACCAGCAGGACGCGACGCCUUCCAAGGAGCCCGACGAGGAACCAGAGAAGAGCGCCAGCCGACGCUCAGUCAUCCAGGUGAGAACCACUGGCACCGCCUGGAAACGGUCUCUCAGUCGUGGAUGGCAUCUUGUCUGUGUGUGCAGCGUCAGCAUCAGGAGUGGAAGGCCAUGAAGUCUCAGGUGGCCAAGCUCAAGAAGGAGAAGAAGAAGCUGCGCAAGCGCGUGGCCAGCGAGAGGGAGCGGAAGAAGACCAUCAAUAAGAAGAUCAAGGAGCUGCUUCAGACGACACGGAAGCGGCAUGACAGGGAGCUGGCGGCCAUGGGUUUGGGACCAGCCAGCCACCCAGAAGAGGACGAUGAGCGCAUGAUGGACGAUGACGACUGACUGAUGGGGGCCAAAGGGCAGGAGGAUAGCAGGGUUGUGCAGAGCGGUUGUGGUGUGUCUGUGGUGGGUGAAUAAACAUCGGACCGAUGUGCGUGCUGUGCUGUAUCAUUUAAUGGCAUUGCAUUGAGAGCGGC